AUGCAACUUAUGCCUGGACAAAUGGCAGAUGAGUGGUUCCAGUCACUCGAUUCAGCGCACACCGCCACAUUUGUGGCGCUUAAGAUAGCUUUUUUCAAACAGUGGCCGCUUCCGAAACUGCCCAAAUUAUCUCACGCACAGCAGAGAGAGCAUGUGGCUGCGCAAGCGCUGAAAGAGGGUGAUAUUGGAGUAUUGACGCCUGAUGGCAACAUUGCACAUGUUGUGUGGGCGACCGAGGUCUCACAACUUGCUUUGGGUAUGGGAGAUUUGAAAGGAGAUUUCAUCGAGGAUGCGCUUAAGGGCAUCACCAACCUCCUCAAGGACCAUCUAACUGGCACAUACUCAACAUGGGACGAGUUUAUCGAAGAUGUGCGGUGGGUCCCCAACAUCAAACUCCAGUGCAGUCGCGAGAAGUUGGAGAAUGCAUGGAGCUCAUCCAUACUGCUGCCAUCCUAUUCAUCACCUUCGCCAAUCACUAGCACCAACAUUCAUGCUUCCCGCCCACUUGGGCAGACAAUUUGUGCUAUACAGUUGCUUAGACCCAUCCCACACGCAACUUUUCAGCCCUUCGCACUUCCUGUCGCAACCCAUGGUCCAGUCUUCAGUACUGGCAUCGUCGUUUGUGGACCGCAGUUCAACUCCCUCACACAGUAUUUACAAUACUCCCACAUCACUCAUAUUCAAGACACUAUCCUACAUUCUUUGACAAUUCGUCAUAUCAUUUUUCUCAUCAUACUACACCACAUUGUCCUACUUGCUGCUGUCAAAAUCCUCUCCGUCUUGUUUGGCCGUCUCAUUCUCGUCACUUUUGGACUGCGGCCACACAUUCAUCGUUUGUGGUACAACCGUGGAUGGUUGCAUUUGGAGAGGGGGGAGGUGUACCAGGGUGGUGGUCUUGCGCAGGUUCUCGCACUCUCGCACAUUCAUCUUUCAUUGUGCAACCGCGGAUGGUUGCAUUUGGAGGGGUGGCAUAUGGAGUGGGGUGCUCUGGCAGGACAAGACAGGAGUGGCAGGUGUCCUAGCUCGUAG